AUGAAGACAGUAAAGUGCUUUUACAUAAGUAAUCAAGAUAUUGAAAACAUGAACCAACUUAUUCCCAACGGCAUUCAAGCUGUUCCUGGUACAAUGCAAUUGCAUCAAAUAUCAUCUACACAAUGUAACCAGAUUAAAUAUCGGCAACUGAGUUGUUUUUGUGGGGAAUAUCGUGGUUUGUGCAGUUGCAAUUGUCCAAAAAUUCAUAAUUUUGUUAAACCAUCAAAAGAAACUGCCGAAUUGAGUGUUGAGGCCUUAAUAGUUCCUGGGACGUCAAAAGACAACAUGAACGUUACUCCUUGUUAUUCGAGCCUAAGCAUUGCGCCCCACAAAAUGAAUACGGCAAUUGAUUAUGAAUUUCCAGAAAAUACCCGACAGAUAAGCAGUUCCCCUAUUGAGGUUAUUCCUGAUCACAUGCUCCAAGAUUUAGAAACAUACUAA